ACAACUAAACUCGUUAUGUUACUGCACACAACCCCAGAGAAGUUCUUCAUUGAGGCCUGCGAUGAGGGGGCUGAUGCUGUGCUGGCAAUCGACAGGGUCUCAAAUGAGAUGACUCUCACAGGUAAAAAAGAUGUCCCUCCCUCAGCAGUCACCAGGCCUAUAUGCGGCAUCAUGGGAACUAUUCGCCUGGUAGCAGGGAUGUACCUGAUUGUCAUCACCAGGAAGAGGAAUGUGGGCAGCCUCCUGGGCCAUGCUGUGUGGAAGGCUGUGGAUUUUGAUGUGAUCUCUUAUAAGAAGACAGUGUUGCAUCUCUCAGAGAUCCAGUCUCAAGAGAACAAGACUUUCCUGUCCAUGAUUAACAAUGUGCUGACCACAGAUGGCUUCUACUUCUGCACUGACUAUGACCUGACACACAGUCUGCAGCGGCUGGCCAACACCAGCCCAGACUUCCAAGAGAUGAGUCUGCUGGAGAGGGCAGAUCAGAGGUUUGUGUGGAAUGGGAACCUGUUGAGAGAACUGUCUGCGCAGCCAGAGCUUCAUAAGUUUGCACUUCCUGUUGUCCAUGGAUUCAUCGUCAUGAAGCCAUGUCGUAUAAAUGGGAAGAUCUUUGAGUGGAUCCUCAUUUCCCGUAGAAGCUGCUUCCGGGCUGGCGUCAGAUACUACGUCAGAGGCAUCGAUUCUGAAGGCCAUGCGGCUAACUUUGUGGAGACUGAGCAGAUAGUUUUGUAUGAGGGAGCAAAGGCUUCAUUUGUACAGACACGAGGCUCCAUGCCCUUUUACUGGAGUCAGAGGCCCAACCUCAAAUACAAACCCAAACCUAUAAUCAGCAAAACCACCAAUCACAUGGAUGGUUUCCAGAGACAUUUUGACUCUCAGCUGCUUAUCUAUGGGAAGCAAACAAUUCUGAACCUGGUGAAUCAGAAGGGCUCAGAGAAACCACUGGAACAGGCCUUUGCCAAGAUGGUGUCUGGCAUGAACAAUGGUAUGCUCAAUUACAUAGCCUUCGACUUCCACAAAGAGUGCAGCCACAUGAGAUGGGAUCGUCUCCAGAUCUUAGUGGAUGCUGUCACUGAGACACAAGAUGAAUACAGUCACUUCAUGGUGAACUCAGAGGGGAAGACAGUAGCCCAGCAGAGAGGAGUCUUCCGCAGUAAUUGCAUGGACUGCCUGGACAGGACUAAUGUCAUCCAGAGCCUGCUGGCCCGACGCUCCCUGCAGUCUCAGCUUCAGAGGAUGGGAGUUCUGAAUGUGGGUCAACGGAUUGAAGAGCAGGCUGAGUUUGAAAAGAUCUACAAGAACGCAUGGGCUGACAAUGCCAAUGCAUGUGCUAUACAGUACGCAGGAACUGGAGCCUUGAAAACAGACUUCACAAGGACAGGGAAAAGGACCAGGUGGGGGCUUCUGAUGGAUGGCUGGAACUCAAUGAUCCGUUACUACAAAAAUAACUUCUCUGAUGGAUUCAGACAGGAUUCUAUUGACCUGUUUCUGGGUAACUUUGCUGUCGAUGAGUCUGACGGACCCACUCCUCUUCGUGUGCAGAAGGACUGGAAGUUCCUCACGCUGCCCAUCAUUAUGCUGGUGGCAUUUUCCAUGUGCAUCGUCUGUCUUCUCAUGGCUGGUGACACUUGGACAGAGACCCUGGCUUAUGUGAUGUUCUGGGGGGCUGCUAGUGCGAUUACAGCCACUAUCAUCCUGUUUAACGGCCAAGACUUUGUGGACGCCCCCAAACUGGUUCACAAGGAGAAGCUGGACUGAGCAUGCAUGCAUGCAUGUUUUUGUGUGUGUGUGUGUGUGUGUGUGUGUGUGUGUGUGUGUGUGUGUGUGCGCGUGCGUGCGUGCGUGCGUGCGUGCGUGCGUGCGUGCGUGCGUGUGUGCGUAUGUGAGGAGUAUCUGGGCCCAGCAGGUUCAUAUACCUCAUAAUCUUUAAAGUCUUCUUCCCCAGGUCUGGACUCCAGACUGAUCUGCUGCCUUCAUACUGCCCUCCAGACUUCCUCAUUCAAAACAGUUUUUCUGUUAUUUGUCUACAUUAUUAACCUUCUUCAGUUGUACUGCACACACUCCAUCACAUGGUUUGCAUUGAAUUUCCUAGAUUCCAUAUACUGUAUCUUUAGGUUGGUUAUGCUGGUUUGUUUGUUAUGUAGGCCGUAGGUUGUCAGUUAUACAGAGGAUCUGUGAUGGCACUUUAGGUAACUGUGUCUGUGUUAAUUAUUUUCCACCAAAAAGACUCCUAACACUAGUGCUCAUUUUCUUAUUUGUGAAUCAUUCUGAAAAAUUUAAAUCUGUCACAAUGUUAUAACAAGAAUUUUUCUAUUGUGCUUCAUUACAAGCCUUUUAGUUAGCAGCCCUGUUCACCCACAUAGGUGUUUUUGAUUAUUCUGGCUGAUCAGACCUCCAGUCAGGUUGUCAAGUUUGGUGGAGCUAUGCUGGAAAUUACAUAAUAUCAACAAGCUCUGUGUACAAAUAAAUGAUAAAAGUAUUAAGAUGUCCUGUCUAAAUCGGUAUAACAAAAACAACCAAAGAGUGAAGGAGAUGUCAAGUGUAGUUUGUACAAGUACACAGUCUUUGGAACAACCUGUAAACACCGUGUAAAGUUGAUAUGACUAACAUGUUUGCAUACAGUGACCAACUUUAAUUAUUUGAAGUUGGGCAGUAGUGUACAGGGAAUUUUCAGAGCUUUUUACUUCAAACAGCUGCCUGCUGCUAGAAAUGAAGUUGAGCAGAGUUUUGGACCGUAAAACCAAAACAGUGAGCUGAAGAAGUUAGAAAGCUCUGUAGUGCUUUGGAGUUAGUGAUAAUUCUCUGUGUUCAUCAUCACAAAUGACCGCUUUCACGCUACACACAGUCAUUUGAUCCAUCAUUAAUAUAAAAAUCUUGAUUAGUGCAGCUUUAAAGAAACUCAAUGUGAUUAUUUAUUAAGGUCAAUUAACCCUGAACAGUUACUGUCAAUGAUGUGGCACUCAAGAUGCAAUUUAUUACAUAGUAAUGAUGUAUCGAACUGAUGAAUAGUGCACUCUAUACAGUGUGUGCACUUUGAGUUUUGAAUGUAACAAGCCUUACGAACUUGCAUAUGAAAUAUAAAUAUCUGGCUAAUCUGUAUGUAACUGGAGUGAACAAUACAUCUUUCUAUUAAGCUAACUUUGGGAGAGUAUCUAUGAUGCCUUUGCCCCAUGAAAAAAAACCAAAAUGUGUUCCCUGCAUACAUCUGUUCAGUACUGAUGCACUCAGUGUCUGUGGUUGUUUUCUUAGCUGGUUCCAGACCUCUGCAUCUCAGCCCACAUCUUUAAACAAUUUCCCCCCGGGGAUUAAUAAAGUAUUCUGAAUUGAUUUGCUCAGAGAUUCAAGUAGGUCUGGUGUUGUGCGAUUUAUGGAUUUUGGUAAAACUUGUGGGAGAAACAGUUCAACAUGUCGUCUUUCUACAAAACUAGUUAGCUACUAAGCUACAUCCAUGAAAAAUGGCAGCAGAAUAAUAGCCUGAACAAUUUUGAAAAGUGUGGAUGAGGUAGACACCGCUGCACAGGUUGUUGUAAGUCAUCUUACAGACAUCAGCAUUUUUCUUUGAUCAUCAUGAGAAAUUGUUGACUGAGAAUGACAUAAAAAUAAAAUUGCUGCAUGACAUUUCGAGAUCACCAUGUCUAUCCAUGGUUGAUGAUUAAAUAGUGUCUUAUUAGCUCAACUACGAUUAAUAUUUUACUUAUUGAGUUUUUUUUAUAAUACCAUUUCUCCUAAGAUAAUAAAUGCAUUUGUAGUGUGAUCAUUUAGCCAUCACAUUCAUCAUUACACGGAACACAGUGGCUGUGGUAGCGGCUGCUAGGAGCAGUUGUUUUUACAACAAUCAUAUGUCAAUUUAAGAGAUGUAAUUUCUUUAAGUCUACUGACAGCAACAGCGGUGCACACUGAUCAGCCACAACAAUAAAACCAUUGUCAGGUAAAGUGAAUAUCAUUGUUGAUCUUGUCACAAUGCAGUGUUCUGCUGGGAAACCUUGGGCUUGGUAUUCAUGUGAAUUCCACUUGGCAUGCUCCACCCACCCAAACACUGUUACAGACCAGGUACCCUCACCCCCCAUGACAAUAGUAUUCCCCAAUAGCAGUGCCCCCCCAGCAGGACAGUGUACCAUGCUACACCGUAAAAACUGCUCAGGAAUGGCCCAAGGAACGUGACACAGAGCACAAGGUGUCGACCUGGCCUAAUCUUCCAGAUCCUGAUCUGAUAGAGCAUCUGUGGGAUGUACUGGUACCCCUAAUACGACACAUCACUGUGGUGUCUGGCACCAGGGCGUUGGUGGCAAGUCCUUGAGUCCUGUGGGUUGUAAGGUGGGGUACGCACAUUUCCGACAGAUGCUCAAUCAGAUUGGGAUCUCAGGAAUUUGGAGGCCAGGUAGACGCCUCAAGGUCUUUGUCCUGUUCAUCAAGACAUUCCUGAACAGUUUAUGUGGUGUGGCAUGGUGCAUUUGGGGUGGGGAAAGGGGCGUGAUUUUAUUUGCCACUGCUUUAGCUAGCUAGAUGGGACGGUAACAACCCCAUUCUUAAUUUGGCUUACAAAGCUGUGGUUAGUUGGUUAGCUUUCUAUCCAGGGGAAAAACUCAAUACAGUUUAAUAGAGCUACAUUUAUAGCUUGACUAGGCCAUUUAAUUGGACGUCUGUCCUUGUACCAGUAUACAAGCACAGGUGGGAAAUCAAUUAAUUACCAAAGUAUGUCCGACUCCUCUAUGGUAAGUGGUGAUAUGUCCCAUUUCAGCUUGUUAGUAUUGGACCUUUUUCUGGUUGACCUAUUACAUCACAGACCAAACAAUCGACAAACAAGUUAGCUAUGGUUAUUUAGUGGCAAACUGGUACCAUGGUGGACUGCUUUGGACAACUCUGUACAUUAUGUCCAUCCAAAAAUGCACAGCUCUGGAUGUAGAUUUCGCCAUGCUGUUACUGGCGUCUUCCUCUGUUACACAUUUAAUGUAAUUCGACUUCAAGGUCAAAGCCCAGGGUGGAAACUGUGGAGCAUAUGCAGAGCACCUAGGCCAGUUUGGGUCUGACUGACUGUGCACAUGCAGGAGAAAUUCAGCUCCCAAUCACAUUAUCUGGAUGUGUUAGUCCGACUUUGAGAAAUUCAAUAUAUUACAAUUUCAGUCAGACUAACAUGUUUACUUGUAUUUUAAAAGUCCGGUUUUUGUCAGGCUAACACAAUAAAUUCACUGUGGCUAAUAUCAUGUAAACGUACUGACUGUCAGUGGGAAAAACACCAGACCUAUUUGAGUCUUUUAACAAAUCAGUUAUUGAUUAGGUUUUUAGAGACCUGUGCUGCAGUCAAAUAGUCAAAACAUGAUGUCCUUUGUCUUUUCCUAACCACUUUUUCUUGACCCCGAUGGAAACAUCAUGAGGUUAAGGAGACAUGUGACAGAGAAUUCAUAAGGACUUAGGAAAAGACAACCGUGGUCCUAAGAGAAUCCGACUGCACUUAAACUGGGCUAUGUUGUUAUGUGACAGUAGAUAUUACUAUCAUGGUUCUGCAGUGGUAUGAACAGUGAUCUGAAGAUGAAAUACUGUAAGUGCAUUUUAGAUAUUUCUGCCCGUGCCUUCUUACUGUUGUUUCAUGCAGGCUAUAUAAUCAUGGACAACCUGGUGAAAAAUAUGACUAGCAAUUAAAGUAAGAGUAUUAUAGGCUACCAGUCACAAAAGUAAAAUGGUUGCGAUUAACUGAUUAGAUUUUGGUGGUCAAAGGUCAAGGUUACUGUAAUCUUGCAUCCGUCUCAUUCUUGUGAACCCGAUAUCUCCAGAACACCUUAAGGUAAUAUCUUAAAUUUUAACACAGGUGUCCACUUGGACUGAAGAAGAAACUGAUUAGGAUUUGGUGGUUAAAGGUCAAAGGUCAAGGUCAGUGUUACCUCGCAAAUCAUGUUUUUGGCUAUCACUCAAUAAUUCUUAAAGCAACUCUUACCUUUCUUGCAUUUCACACAGCACUUAGAAAAAAUCUGAACAUCCACGCCUCCCUCCACAGUCCCAUCCCCCUCUUCCUGCAACUCCAUCUCCCUCCAAAGGCCUACUCCCCCCUCCUCCAUUACGUCCUCAUUACCUCUAUGAUAGACGUAGGCGUUGGCAAGGUAACGUUAGAUACAUGGAAGAGGAGAGCGAGUGUAACGUUACAACCAAGACAGUAAAACGUAACCCCGGAGUUUUAAAACUCAACCAGAGUCAGUGAUGACUGAUGAGUUUUAGAAUAAGGUUACAGUGCUAAUGUUCGAUAGUAGCAUUAACGUUACUAGUAAGUGGAAACGCAUUCUCGGAACCCAUCGGCUGUAUUCAGCGUCUGACUUCCGGCAGAUGGCGGAACAGCCUCUGGGGGCAGACCCCCGAUUUUUUGGCAUUCCGGUUUGAUUUGGGCGGAGGAGGCGAAUUUCCGUUUCCGACUUCCGUUUAUAUAUAAGUAAAUAUGCUGAAACAUCGCGAUGGAUUCAGAGUUUGCAGUGAGUUUGCCAAUUAUGUUCCGCCUCGUUAGUUCACCGCACGGACCGUUUAACCUGGCAACAACUGCAGCCGGCUCAAACGUGAUUGGUCAAUAUCACGCGGACUACAAACAGCCUACAACCGGAAACCAGGGCUCUUCCGCUCCUCUUCCGGAGGCAAGAUCUCCAGGAUUUGCCUACAGACUAUAUAGAGACUAUUGUAUUGUAUAUAGAAACAAUUUGUGCAACAUAUAAGAAAGAACAUAUAGUGCAAUAGUAACAUGAAAAGGGUCGACAUUUCACAGUCAGAAACUCCACAUCCUGAGAGCAGAACUGGGAGAUCCUCUUCACAUCACAGCACCAUGAACUGUUAAUGUUUAUUGCCAGACCGCCACCAUGGAGCUUACCAGAUGAUGCAGCCUCCCUGUCUGCUCUAUGUAGUGUUAGCCCCGUUAGCUCAACACCGGAGUCUGAUAUGUUACCAUUCAUCCAUGUCUCAGUGAACACAAGGAAGCAGCAGUCCCUCCCUCCUCGGUGAGUGGAUCUCCACAGUCGGAUGUAAUCCAUUUUCGUGUCCAGCGAGCGGAAGUUCGCCAGAAGGACGCUGGGAACAGCUGGCUUGAUGGGGUUAACUCUUAGCCGAGAGCUGACAUAACCGCUCGCGUAACAUCGCCGCGAGAUGCAGGGGAAGUGCGGCCGCGAGCGGUUACGUCAGUCAGAGGCCUCUCACCAUAUGAGAAUGGUAUAAUUAUGAGUUUUUAUUUCUGGUGGAAUUCACUUAGAUAUUAGUGUGCCAUCAGCAUAUUAAUAGCAUUUUAACCUAAACACAGAAAAGUGUAAAAUUUCCAGAAAGGUAAGUGUUGCUUUAAGCCAAAUAUGGCAAAACUUCACACAAAAGUCUAAUAGGAUAAAAUAAUGAAGUAAUGACAUUUUAUAUUCAAAAGGUCGAAGGUCAACUUCACUGUGACAUCUUAAUAUAGAGUAUGCCAGUAAACCCGGAACUCCGUUAGCGCUUUUGGCACUUAUGGUUCUCUCGUCUAAAAGUCAAUACUUUUUUUGAAUGCGAUUUUGGUAAAAUGCCUCAAAUAGGUCUGUGGUUAACAAAAGCUUAAGCGAGAUUCAGGUUUUGUUCUACGACAUAAAACGUAAGUAAAUACCCUACUUGUGGAUUUUGAAGCUUUUACGUGUCGUAAAAAAGGCGGUUGCUAACAAGUUGCUCAAUACGACUACAAACCCUGUCGGGGACAUUAAACGUCAUCACCCCCAAACAGACGAGAGUGCUGGCAGUCCACCAUUACAGCUUCUUAUUUAGCUUAAACAGUCCGAUUUCCCCAUUAUACAAUGUUUUUAAAAUAAAGCGGCCAAAAUCAGUUGAAAGCUUAGUGGCGGUGACGUCAAGAGUCAUGCAACCGUGGAGUAGUCAUGAAGUCCGUUAAAGCCUUUAGCUUUUUACUUCUGGCGAUCGCAUUUAAGCUUAAAAUGCGGUAUGAAAGGUGUUCAUAUGUGAAGAUUAUCUCGCUGAACAAAACCUGUAAGUAUCAUAAACUUGUGUUAGCCACGGAGCUUAUUUUCUGACAUAAUCCAAAACGCAAUGCAAAAAUCACAUUCACUUUCUCUUCCGGGAACCAGCGCGAUGCUAAACUUCCGGGUUUUGACGUCAGCCCUGGCACACUCUAUUGCGCAAGAACAAUUUUCUGGCCAUUACUCAUUGUCAUAUCUCAGAAGCAGAGGGAGAGACAUUUGGUCAGAUACUGAAUUGGUGACACUAAUGUUGGGUGUCCACCUUGAAGCUGUACUGAAUGUAUAGAUCUUCUGUGCUGCCGAGAGGAAAAUGUGUGUGAAGAAACAGAAGACUUGAGAAACUUGAUUGGUACACGGAGGCAUACAACCAUUGGGCGGUAAUUCUAGUUAAUUCUAACUUCUAGCAGCUGUAAUUCUAGUAAACCUUUGGCUAUUUUUUUAUUUAUUUUAAUUUUUACAUAACAUUAAUAGUAUCAAUGCACAUUCAGCAUCCUGUGCACAACCAGGGACGUAACUACCACUUAGGGCACUCAGGUGAAGUCUUCUGUAUUCUAGUUUAGUUUAUUUUAAUUCUAAGCGUAGAAAUGGAAGUCAUAUUUUUCACCUGCUUGUUCAUGUUUAUAUAGCCUGCAUAAAACAACAUGGUAAGAACACAUGGGGUGAGUACCCUAAGAUGUGCUUUUAUCAGUCCAUCUUCAGAAAACUGUGUCAGUUCAGUGUAGCCUAGUGUAUGUGCAGUCAGAUUCUCUUCGUACUGUGGUUGUCUUUUCCUGAGCAACCUCAUGACAUUUUCGGUUAAGGUCAAUUGUUUAAGUAAAAAACAAAAAGUAAUUUUUGGAGUAUUGGACCUCAGCCCAGCUCUUAACCUUGCUUCCACUUGGAUACUUUUGGGUCAUUUCAUAGUGGGAACAGCACAGGUGAAUUUAAUAAUGAUGGCUGCAUUCCAUUUUGGGGAGGCUCUGGUAUUGUGCAGGCUGGCUCACUGGAAUAGCUUAAUGGGAGAACAGACUGAGGUGAAAGGAAGAGGGCUUACACAUAAUGUUACUAUUAUAUUAUUAUAUUCCAAUUUCUUAUUAUAGUAGUAUUAUAAGAUCUAGAAGCACCACUGUAUCUUCAGAUUACUAGAUAAUUAGGUUGUGGUUGAGUCCAAACAGUUUAUCUCAAGAUUAUUAUUAAUAGUAACUAAAUUGAGAUCUCAGGCAUAAAAACAAAACAAAACAAAACACCAAUCAGUAAUCAUGGCAGUGCUCAGCUUCUAUAGUGCACUUGUUCAUGAAUGUUUCAGUCUGGUUCAUUUUCCUGUUUCCCUUACAAAGGGUUGGGGUUUGUCCAAAUGCAGCCUUAUAAAGCUGCCCCCUCAUGGAGAGCGCAGACAUUUAAACCUUUAUAUAAUAGUAAGAUAAGACUUUGGUUUUGAAACCUUUCUCUGAUGUUGUUUUAAGAUGUACUUGUUCGUCACUGUGCCUUCUAUUCUGUGUAUGAUUUAACAUGCAAUAUGUGGUUUUAGUUUUCAUUCCUGUGUUUAAGAUCAUUCCUGCAAACAUUAUCUCAUGUAUCAGAUCAUACCAACAAGUAGUGCAAGCCUUUGGGUAAGUAAUUGAUUUUCACACUAUUGCUACAUUAGUCAAAUGUCUAACUGUGCUCUCAUCAUGCUAGCUUUUCAAAGAGGUUGUCAUAUCUCUAUCUGAACUAUAUAACAUAUGACAGUAUAGACCAAGGUCCACUUCCUUAUGGAGUCCCCAUAUCCAAGAAAAGAUCUUUUUUAAUCGUGUGCACAUUAGAUAAUUACUUGUGCAAAUGAGGUUAUCUUGUGCAAACAAGAUGAUAUCUUUUUUUUUGCAAACUGGAUAAUAACUUGUGGGAACAAGAUAACGUGCAUUAUGUUUGUAAAUGAGAUAAAGCAUGCACAAAAUGUAUUGAUCUCUUAUUUACACAAGAUAACUUGUGAAUAUAAACUAAAAAAACACAAUUUGGGUACUUAAUAGUAUUUCAGCUACAUCUUAUGGCCUCUAUCAACAAACUGAGCUUAAUGCUCAGUUGUUGUGGAGUUGUAAGUUACAGCAGUAAGUGGACCUUAAGCAAAGUUGUGUUUUGUUUUUGUUUUAACAUUUCACAACUCACAAGAAUGAACACUGACUGUCAUAUGUAAUAUGUAUGUAAUAUGUGCGUGUAGGUGAAAUCUGUCUCAUGGACAUAUCCCUGUAAUGCCUAUGCAUUUUAAACUGAGAUUUGCAUGUACAGAUCUAAUGCAGUAUUAUUUGUGGGAUAAAGUGAUGGUUCCAUUUGGAACAGGAAGUAGCAGUCACUCAGCAGCACCUUAUUUGAAGUCUGUUUGGACAUUGUACUGUAAUAUCAUUAUAUAAAGAAAACAGUAAGAGUUUGUGUCCACCAUGUACUGCUACUGGCUGAAACCUGACCUGAAGGCUCCACAGUUAUACUUUGAUUUGUUUUUGGAUGUAAUCGUUAUAUCUCUACUGUGGCUUUUGUAUGUUUUGCUUAUAAACAUAAUGGAGCCAGGAAGGAAAUCAUAUAAAGUAUUCAACCUUAUAAAAUGAAACACUUUCAACAUCUGUUUGCAAGUUGCAAAUCAGUGCAAAACACAAACAGAUAUUUUGCUUUCCAAGUUUACAGUUUGUGUCACAAGUUUGCAAAUGAUGUUACAACCCUGUGCAGUACAGCUGAUGUUGUUUUUAUGUGUGAAGAUUGUACAUUAGUGUCAUAUAUUAGGAGCAUUUGGGAUUGUAUAGCUGUAAAUGUAUUAUUUUGAAUCAAAUCUAUAAACAACAUUCUACAAGUCUUAUCUUAGGUAUUGGAAGCCAGAAUCAGUAAUAUAGUUUAUGGUGGAACAUGUAAAUGACCCAGUGUUUCUCCUCAGCAGUCUUCAGUGCUCUCCUUCCAGAACCAGACUUCAUCCUGUGGUUUCUGUAAAUGUCAAUAAACUCCAGUGAAUACACACAGAUUACCAUCAU